AUGGAAAGCAGUACCUGGAGCACCGUGGCCACCACCACCGCCGCGCCCCUGGAGUCCUACGAACGCAUCCGCAAUGCGGCCGAUAUCUCCGUGAUUGUCAUCUACUUCGUGGUGGUGAUGGCCGUCGGGCUGUGGGCUAUGUUUUCUACUAAUCGUGGCACGGUUGGCGGCUUUUUCCUGGCAGGCCGAAGUAUGGUGUGGUGGCCGAUUGGAGCCUCUCUCUUCGCCAGUAACAUUGGCAGCGGCCACUUUGUGGGGCUGGCUGGGACGGGGGCAGCUUCUGGCAUCGCCACUGGGGCCUUCGAAUGGAAUGCUCUGUUUUUAGUGGUCGUGCUGGGCUGGAUAUUUGUGCCCAUCUACAUCAAGGCUGGGGUGGUGACGAUGCCGGAGUACCUUCGGAAGAGGUUUGGAGGCAAGCGGAUUCAGGUCUACCUUUCUGUUCUGUCCCUGCUGCUCUACAUUUUCACCAAGAUCUCGGCUGACAUCUUCUCUGGGGCCAUAUUCAUCAACCUGGCCUUGGGCCUGAAUCUAUACCUGGCCAUCUUUCUCUUAUUAGCCAUUACCGGCCUUUACACAAUCACAGGGGGCCUGGCAGCUGUGAUUUACACGGAUACCUUGCAGACAGCGAUCAUGCUGGUGGGAUCUUUAAUCCUGACUGGGUUUGCUUUUCACGAAGUGGGAGGGUAUGACGCCUUCAUGGAAAAAUACAUGAAUGCCAUUCCAACCUUGACUUCCGAGGGCAACAUCACCAUCAGGGAAGAAUGCUACACCCCAAGGCCCGACUCCUUCCACAUCUUCCGAGAUCCCCUCAAAGGAGACCUCCCUUGGCCGGGGCUCAUCUUUGGGCUGUCCAUCCUCGCCCUGUGGUACUGGUGCACAGAUCAGGUUAUUGUGCAGCGCUGCCUCUCGGCCAAGAACAUGUCCCACGUGAAAGCCGGCUGCACCAUGUGUGGGUACCUGAAGCUGCUGCCCAUGUUUCUCAUGGUGAUGCCGGGCAUGAUUAGCCGCAUUCUGUACACAGAAAAAAUUGCCUGCACCCUCCCCUCGGAGUGUGAGAAAUAUUGCGGGACCAAGGUUGGCUGUACCAACAUCGCCUACCCAACCUUGGUGGUGGAGCUCAUGCCUAAUGGACUGCGAGGCCUGAUGCUGUCUGUCAUGAUGGCCUCUCUCAUGAGCUCCCUGACCUCCAUCUUCAACAGCGCCAGCACCCUCUUCACCAUGGACAUCUACACCAAGGUGCGCAAGCAGGCGUCCGAGAGAGAGCUCAUGAUUGCAGGAAGGCUGUUCAUCCUGGUGCUGAUCGGCAUCAGCAUCGCCUGGGUGCCCAUUGUGCAGUCAGCACAGAGCGGGCAGCUCUUCGAUUAUAUCCAGUCCAUCACCAGUUACUUGGGACCACCCAUUGCUGCUGUCUUCCUGCUUGCUGUUUUCUGGAAGAGAGUCAAUGAGCCAGGAGCCUUUUGGGGACUGAUCCUAGGAUUUCUGAUCGGGGUUGCCCGUAUGAUCACUGAGUUUGCUUAUGGAACUGGGAGCUGCAUGGAGCCUAGUAACUGUCCCACGAUUAUCUGCGGGGUACACUACUUGUACUUUGCCAUCCUCCUCUUUGUCAUUUCCAUCAUCACCAUUGUGAUCGUCUCCCUCUUGACCAAGCCCAUCCCAGAUGUGCAUCUCUACCGUCUGUGUUGGAGCCUCCGUAACAGCAAAGAGGAGCGUAUUGACUUGGAUGCAGGAGAGGAGGACUUCCAAGAAGCCCCAAAGGAGGCCUUUGAUAUAGAAAAUCCUGUGGAGAAAAAAGGAUGCUUCAGGAGGGCCUAUGACCUGUUUUGUGGGCUGGACCAGCAGAGUGGACCCACGAUGACCAAGGAAGAGGAGGCAGCCAUGAAGAUGAAGCUGACGGACACCUCUGAGAAGCCUUUGUGGAGGACAGUGGUGAACAUUAAUGGCAUCAUCCUGCUGGCCGUGGCUGUCUUCUGCCACGCAUAUUUUGCCUGA